AUGUCUUGCCCAGCAACCCAAUACGUCUACAUCCCCAACCUAGUUGGCCGCCAGAUGCUCCGCAUUCCCCUCGAGCAAGUCGAGGCCGAGGAAAUCACCUCCUUCUCGUCCAGCGUUUCUCAGUCGUCCAACGACUCCAUCGAGACCGCACCGACGCAUAUCCGCGACUCAUCGCGCUCACCCAGCAUAUCCUCCGUCUCGUCCGUGGACGAGACCGAAUGA